AUGGCUCAGCCCGAGGCACUGCGCAUCCUGCGGGAGCUGCAGAGCAGGCCAGACAACAAGGUUUGUGUUGACUGUGACACCAAGAACCCGCAGUGGGCCUCUGUCUCCUAUGGCAUCUUCAUGUGCCUGGAGUGCAGCGGCAAGCACCGCGGACUGGGGGUGCACAUCAGCUUUGUCAGGUCGGUCACCAUGGAUGCCUGGAACCCCGACCAGCUCAAGCGGAUGCAACUGGGCGGCAACGGCGCCUGCAACGCCUUUCUCGGCAAGUACGGCGUGACCAAGCACACCGACAUCCGGGAAAAGUACAACUCCCAGGCCGCGGACGGCAACGUGGCCUCCCGGGGGAUGGGCGCGGGGUGGGACAGCUGGGACGAGCCCCAGGAAUCGAGCGGCACUGGCUCUGGCGGUCGCCCGGGCUCCAGAGGUGGUUCAUUCUCCAACGGCUCCGGCGCGGGGAACUACUCCUCCUCCGCCCUGGCCGCCUCGGCCGCCAGCAAGGACACCUUCUUCGCGCGCCGCGUCGCGGAGAACGCGGGCCGCCCCUCCGACCUUCCCCCCAGCCAGGGCGGGAAGUACGUCGGCUUCGGCUCCACGCCCGGCCCGCAGCCAGGGGCAGGUGGCGAGCGCGGGGUGGAGGACAUGACGCAGCUGCUGAGCAAGGGCCUGUCUGGGCUGGGGUCCCUGGCCUCCGCCGCGGCCGCCACUGCGCGUGAGAAGGCGGUCGUGGCGCAGGCCCGGCUGCAGGAGGCGGGCAUCCAGGAUCAGACGCAGGCGGCGGCAGAGCGGGCGCGCGAGGUGGGCAGCCGCGGCUGGGGCUUCCUCAAGAGCGCAUACGCCAGCGCCGCCUCCUCCUUGGAGGCCACCGCCGCCGCCAACGGGUACCGCGUGGACCUGGGCGCGCGGCGCGUGGCGGCCUCCGCCUCCUCCCCCGCGCUGGGCGGCGGAGCGCAUGCCGGCGCCGGCUACGGUCCCGUGGGAGGCGGCUACCGCCCUGCCUCCGCGGCCGACGACGAGGUGGCCUUGCGCUUCGUCUCGCAGAUAACGCUGCCCUCCCUGAUCCUGCACACUCUGGGCGGGCGAGUGACCCUGAGUUUUUGUGGAGAGGAUCAGUUGGGGAUCUUCCUGAUGAAGUGGCUCGUUGAGCUGGUUGCGACACAUGCUCACCAGCCCCUCCGUCAGCGUUUUGCCAGCGUAGCUCUGUGUCUCCCCACCGGACCUGUACUCCUGGCAAUUCCCCUGCUGGGCCUGCUUGCGGGACCCCCCGCCCUCGCCGUCGGCCUGACGUUGGCCGCCCUCGAUGCUGUCCUGCUUCGCACGCUGGGUUUUGCCGCGCUUUCCAGAGCUGGGAACGCCCUGCCGGAGGCGCUGUACCACGACGAUGGCGGCAAGUAUAGGGGGGAGCUGUCUGGGGCUCUCAAGGACGGCUUUGGUGUAUACCGGUAUGCCUCUGGGGCCCAGUACCAAGGGGAGUGGAGGGACAAUGUCAAGUCGGGGCGAGGCAUCUACCGCUACAAGAGCGGGGCGGCGUACGCCGGGGAGUGGCAGGCGGGCGUCCCGGAGGGCAGGGGCAUCAGGACCUCGGCCUCUGGGAAGGCGCAGUCCGGCAUCUGGAAAGGGGGAAAGCUCAGUCAGCGCACGGAGCCCGAGGAGUGUGCGCUGGCCGUCGCCACGGCCGCCCAGGCCGCCUCCGCCGCCAAGAAGGUGGAGGUGGGCGGCUUCAGCCCAGGCGCGGCCCUGCGGUCCCUGCUCUCCACCCCGGCCCUGCUUGCGGUGGGGGUUGUCGGCGCCUUCUGGCUUGCGGGGAAGCCCCUCUCCCCAUCGGCCCCAGACUUGGUGAAGCUGACCGCGCUGCGCACGCUGCCUUGGUUUGCGGUGGGCGCGCUGGCCUGCCUGCGGUGGAACGAGCAGGCUGCUGGCAUCGUGGGCCCCCUGCUCCUGGUCGGCAUGUCUGGGCCCCCGCAGGAGCUGCUGGCCUUCUGCCGGCGGCUGAGGACGGAGGAGGGCAUGGCGGCGGGUCUCAUCCGCGCCGGGUCCCUGCUCGCUGUCCCGCUGCUGGCAGGCACGGCCCUCGCCUGCAGGCUCCUGCCUGCAGGCUCCCUGGCGUGGGGCCUGCUGGCGGCGGCCGGGCUUGGCGGUCUGGCUGCAGCCCUGGCCUCCAAUGCUCUGCGGGUCCCCGGCACCCAGAGGCAGCCACCGGAGCGCAUCAGGAUGGUGGGAGCCAGUGGGUCUAGCCCCAGCGCGAGUGGCAGCGGGGUGGCACAGAGCAGCAUGACGGAGCCUUCUGAGAACCCAGAGUGGCCCGGAACUACUGCCGAUGUUGGAGAGAUGAUGGUGGAUCGCGCCGUGACAAGAAACGCCUUUGUCAAGUUCAUGAUGCAGAAGAUGCAAGAGGUGGACAAUGCUCUGACCCAUGAGCUCAUCCACGCCUACGACCACUGCCGAGCCGCGUCUCUGGACUGGGCAAGCCUAGAGCACCAUGCCUGCAGCGAGAUUCGGGCGGCCUCCCUCUCAGGCGACUGCAAUUAUCGGAUGGAAGUCAUGAGGGGCAAUUUUUCCUUGCAGAAACAGCACCAGGUGUGCGUGAGGAGGCGUGCAGAGCUGAGCGUGGGCAUGAAUCCACACUGCAGAGGCCCCGGCGAGGCGGCAGCUGCGGUGGAUGCCGUGUUCGACAGGUGUUUCAGGGACACUGCGCCCUUUGAUCGACGGCCGUGA